AUGGAAGACCUUUAUUCAGAAAUAUCAGAAGAAUUACUUAGUGAACUAAAAAACUUUAAAAAUGAUAUAAAUGCUUACGAAAAAUUACACAAGCUUUUUAGAAAAGAAGAUGCUCUAUUUAAUUUCGAAAAUUGGGAUAAUAUUAAGAAAAAUCUAAAACAUGAAAUCUUUAACUUCCAGGACAAAUUGUAUAAGCAUUUAUUGGAUAUUGACAAGAAACUUCUUGAGUAUGAAUCACUUAAUCAAAAUCAGGAGCUUGAUGUGAACUUAGUAGAUAUUGAAGUUAAUUCAAAUAUACUAAGCAGAAAUAAAGAACCUCCAGAAGGAUUUACAAACUCUUCUUGGUAUUUACCUUGUUUUCCAAAUUUAAACAUGAUUGAAUUUUUACAUGAGGAUGAUUAA